UCUCUUUUCUCCUUCCCUCGCUCCCCUCCCUCCCUUCUGCCUCUCUCCUUCCAUUUCUCCCCCUUUCCCAUUCCUCCUUUCUCCCUCUCUACCCCCACCCCGUCUUUCGCCUGCUCGGGGUGGGGGGUUAUUCCUCCUUUUCUGCUGGUCCCUUUGUUCCUUGCGUGCCUUUCACCUUCCUUCGCUGGUUCCCGCUGUCGUUUGCUUUCGUGUCUCUGCUUUUCCCUUCCCUCCUUCCCCUCUUUCACUGGGGUUUAUUCAUUCUUCCGUCCCCUGGUCCCUUGUUCCCUUCUCCCCCCCACCCGCACAGGUCCCUCCUGCCCGGGGGGGCAGUCCUGGAGCCCCGACCUGGACAAGUGCAUGGACUGCACCAUCUGCCUCCAGCGCACGAAAAACGAUUUCUGCGCCACGUGUGGCGAACCCCAGCCCCAGGAUGCCUGGCUGUGGCUGGCCGUGGGGGGCGCCGUAGGGGGAGUCGCUGUGCUCGGCCUGGUGGGGGGGGCGCUGCUAUGGGCCCGCUGCCGCAAGAGGGAGAAAUUCACCAGUGAGUGACCCGCCCCCCCCCCC